AUGGCGGGUAAAAUUACUCGAUUUUUUAGCUCUAAGUCGGACAAAGAACCACAACGAGACAAAGAACCAUCCGAUAAUCUCCAGCCGCCUGCCAAAAAAGUUUGUAGCAACUUAACAGCUUCUAAAAAGUACGACAGCACUUCGAGAGUACGAAAGUUCCUUCCAAAAUGGGAAAAGGAUUUUCCUUGGAUCCAGUUUGCUGGAGGUAAAAUGUACUGUAAAUACUGUUUGGAAGUAAAUGAACAUGCAGACAAGAAUAGCUCAUUCUACAAGGGUUCAGAUAAUUUCCGAAUUGGUGUCAUUCGUGCCCAUAACAAAAGCAAGCAACACUUGCGAUGCGCUGAUGUUUACCGCUCAAAACGUAACCCACAAAACCCAAUUGAACAAGGUUUGAGAAAUAUGGAAAGUGCUGUUCAAGGAAAGUUGAUGAAAUUGUUUAACACAGCAUACUUUGUGGCAAAAGAAGAGAUGCCCUUCAGCAGUUUUAAGAGCUUGUGUGAGCUUCAAAUAAAGAAUGAUGUAGAGCUUGGUAACACCUAUUUCAAUGAUCAUGCAUGUAAAAACUUCAUUGAAUCAUCUGCAGAAAUUUUAAAAGCUGACUUAAGUGAAAAACUAAACAAUGCAAGCCCUCGCUUCUUUUCAGCAAUGGCAGAUGGUUCCACAGACUCUGGUAUUAUAGAACAAGAACUUUUGUUUGUCAGGUAUCUUAACAAUGGGUUACCUGUGAAUAGAUUUUUAACUGUGCAGUCAGUUAAACAUGCAAAUGCUGAUGGGAUUUUGCAAGCAAUUGACAAUGGAUUUAAUUAUGCCAAUGUAAUUAAUUGGAAAGAUGGACUAGUUGGAUUUGGUGCUGAUGGUGCUUCUGUAAUGAUGGGUAGACAGAAUGGAGUACUCAAGAAAAUCAAAGAUGAUGUCCCACACCUCAUUGAAAUGCACUGUGUGGCGCACAAAUUGGAACUUGCAAUACUUGAUGCAUUUAAGGAUGAAAGCAUUUUAACAGAACUGAAGGAUCUUCUUCAAGGGAUUUAUAAACAUUAUCACUAUUCUCCAAAGGCUUUACGAGAACUAAAUGAGCUAGCCCAAGUUCUGGAACUUAGUGUACUGAAGCCUGUAAGUUUACUUGGUACAAGAUGGACCCCACACCUUCACCGGGGACUGAAGGUAUUCCUUCACAACUUUGCAAUCAUUUACACACAUUUUCAGAACACAGCUGCUCAAGGGAAUGGUGCCAGUGCUGUGAUGCAAGGACGAGCCCGAAAAAUCACCACACAGAUGUCUGACUUCAAACAGGUACUUUUCAUGCACUUUAUGCUUGAUGCACUUGAUGUUGUCAGUCAUUUAAGCCUGGUAAUGCAGAAAGACGCAGUCACUUUAGCGGAGGUGAAAGAUUCCAUUGAACGCACUCGCUUGUCUAUGCAGGCCUUGGUGGUAAGACCUGGUGCAAAGCUUUCACAGUUUCUGGAAGCUGUGGGAGAUCAUGGUAACCAUUUCAAAGGUGUUGAACUCAACAGACAAGAUGGAGAUAUUGCUGCCUUCACUAGGCUUAAAGAAAGAGUAAUUGGGUCCAUGGUUGCCUAUGUAAACACCAGGUUUGCUAAUGUGAAUACCAAUGAUGUUAUUGCUGCUUUUGACAUGUUCAACACUAGCCUGUGGCCUGAUCGUGAUGAUGAACUGACACUGUAUGGGGAACAAGAACUGAACACUCUUGUUGAUCAUUUCAAGCUACUUCUUGAAAGAAAUGAUUUUGAUUUGGAAUUGGUGGAUCAAGAAUGGCAAGAACUCAAAGUUUGUAUUAAGAGAAAUCAUAGCCAAUUGAGGAUGCUUCCCAUGUGGCAGAGAAUCUUUGCAGAAUAUUCAGAAAGAUUCCCUAACAUCCUCAUGCUAGUGGAGAUAAUGCUUGUGUUACCAUUGGCCACGGCAUGUUGUGAGCGUGGUUUUAGCACCUUGAAACGUAUCAAAUCAGAUUGGAGAUCACGCCUGGAAACAGAAACCCUUGAUAACUUAAUGAGAAUCUCUAUUGAUGGCCCAGAUUUGGAAUCAUACAAUGCUGCUCGCACCUUGCAACACUGGUGGGACAAAGGAGAGCGACAACGACGCCCAAAUUUUCAGAGACAAUAA